AUGGGCACCAACCUGGCAAUCUUCGAACGCGAUCGACCUCAGAUCCCCAUGUUCGCUCUGCUCACCUCCAGCCCCGCGCUCGUCGUCUCGCCGUCGCUCGCGGUCCAGCGCGGCUUCGCUGCCGCGGCGCCCGUCGCCCUUCCCACGGUGAGUAUGUCCGCCGACUCCACGCUCGCCUCCUUCUCGGAGACGCUCGCUGGCGUCGUCGCCGUGGACGGCGGCACCAUCGGCCUCGACGUCUCCUUUGGCGCCUUCCUCGCCGUCAUCCUCGGCCUGUUCAUCCCGCCACCGCCCCAAGCCCUAGGUUGUGCGCCUGUGCUGGCGGCCGGCGCCGGCAAGCGCGUCGCGAGGCUCACCCGCCGCUGA